AUGUCGGACAACUCGAGAGCGAAGCGCAGGAACAACGUCUGGAAAGGCGUGAAGAAAGCACUUUGCGGCUCGCGUCGUGCGAACCGCGAAAGCCGCGUAUCUGCUCCGGAUCAAGACGUAGCCCUCGCAAAGAACGUACCGCACGUUGAGAGAUUCAUAAUCCCUUCUCAAGUUAGCGAAAGUCAUCCAUCUGGCAUUUCUGGAGCGGCCGUGUCAAACGCCACUCCACUUCCAAAGGUCGGCAUCGUGGACUCAUGGCUGCAUAACGCCAUCUUUGCUCUGGCAGACUUGGCUGUUGCUGCGCCUGUCUACGCUUUGGAUGAGGGCGUAUGGCGUCUAUCUGCCGAGGUCAAUGGCCGUCCACAUCUGUUCAAGGAGGCCCGCGGGAAUGAGAGCCACAAUAAAUACACAGCAAGCCGUUCAAAGACUCCUGAUGAUCCUCCUCGCAUUCACACCCCAGAAUUUGGGCGCGAGCAUACAAAAGAUACAGACAGCGGGCAUGACACCCUUCGGAACAACGUCAGCAAGAACGUGCAUCCAGCCGCAUCAACAGAAUCAUGGGAGACGGUCGCUUCCGAGCAGCAGAAUACAGCUUCCCGCCUAUACGUGCAGGGGUCCUCUCGUGAACAGUCGCAAGUUCGUCCUCCACUGCGGGAUACUCGCCGCAAGAAAUCGAAACAUGAGACAAAUGCGCAGGGUGGAGGACGUGGCGCGACUUGGUGGGCUGGCUCAGUAAUGGAGAACGGAAUUGACAUAGGACCCGCCGUCAGCGGCAUUGGUUGGAGAAGAGAUGGAAGACAGAUAUCCCACGAUCGACUCGAUUGGAUGCGCAGAGCUAGAAACCCAGCCCGAUGCCCAGGGACGAACUCAUGA